GCGUGCUGCGCGCAGAUCCUGCUCGAUUUCUACAAUUGCUUAUCUAAUAUGUCAAGCAGACUUUGUCGAUGAUUGUGAGCAAUCUGAUCGAAAAGAUAGCUAUGAAUUUACAAUAAAAAAUUGAUUGAUUUAUUGCCAAUCUAUUAGCAAAUUGUUAGUUUGUUUUGCUAUCUGGUUAUUAAUCUUUUUCUUUUUUUUUUAGAUCCAAAAAAAUUGUGUGAGGAUGUCGAGAUUGUCCGCUCACCUAUAACUGAAAGGGGCUCUGUAAUGUCAGUACUAUACCGGCUCUUGGAUCGUAACGGCACAUGAAUACCAGAGAGGUCUUCAUAAGAAUUUUGUUAUAGUGGAUGAUAUAAUAUGAUAUUGAAUAGCAUUCCUUGCACAACGCUGCUUUACUGGAUUGCGGCUAUUGGAUUAGGUGGUGCGAUAUUGCUCUUAGUGGGCCUUCGUCUGUACAUUGUCUACACUUUGGGCAUUUGCAAGAACAAAAAUCGAAUGGAUAAUAAAACGGUAAUAAUUACCGGAUGUACUUCCGGUAUUGGCAAGGAGACAACAAGGGAUCUCGCUAAGAGAGGCGCAAGGAUCAUUAUGGCAUGCAGAAAUACGGAUACUGCUAAUCAGUUGAAAGACGAGAUUGCUAAAGAAUCAAACAAUGGCAAUAUCGUAGUUCGCAAAUUGGAUUUGUCAUCAUUGCAAUCGAUCAGAGAGUUUGCACGACAGAUAAAUCAAGAGGAAAGCAGAUUAGAUGUGUUGAUCCAUAAUGCCGGGACUGCGGAGACUUUCAGGAAAAAGGUCACAGAAGACGGAUUAGAACAGACUAUGGCUACUAAUUAUUUUGGACCAUUUUUACUAACGCACCUUUUAAUCGAUUUAUUGAAACGAUCAAAACCAAGUCGUAUUAUAGUGGUUGCGUCAGAGCUCUAUCGCCUAGCGUGUUUAAAUCUUAAUAAUAUCAAUCCAACAUCAACUUUGCCGGCGUAUUUGUAUUACGUAUCAAAGUAUGCGGAUAUAGUCUUCACGUUGGAGUUGGCGCGACGUUUAGAAGGUUCGGGUGUGACAGCAAAUUGCUUGCAUCCUGGAAUGAUAGACAGUGGAAUUUGGCGAAGUGUACCUGCUCCACUUUCCUGGGGCUUGAACCUUAUAAUUAAGGCUUUCUUCAAAACGCCCGAGCAAGGCGCGCAGACGACCAUUCAUCUCGCAGUUUCUGAUGACCUUAACGAGAUUUCGGGAAAAUACUUUAUGGAUUGUACCGAACAUGGAUUAUCGAAUGCUAUAAAGGAUCCUGCCAAAGGUAAAAAAUUGUGGGAAUUAAGCGAACCUCUGGUGAAGUUGCAACCAUCAGACCCGAAGAUAUAAACGCAUGUGUUUUUUAUAAAUUUUAUAUAAUUUUUCUCUAAAUCUGAAUCAGUAAAAUUAUAUUGAUUUAAAGUAUAACUAUACUUAUAACUAUUAUUAUCAGUGACUAUUCACCGUUUUUCAAUGAUUUUGAGUAAGAAGGAGGUACUCUUGCUGAUAAUCAGUGUAUUAUCACUAAAAGACAGUGCAUAUGUCAUUGAUUGAUAUAGUUAUAAGUAUAUAAAAUACUAAAAGACUAUUCACUAUUUUUCAGUGAAUAAUACACAGUCCGAUUUAGAGUUUUAGCUUUUGUUAUACGUAACGAUCUUUUGUACUUGAGAUUUUAAUAAUUUAUCUUUUAAAUCGUCAAUAUAAUUUGCCUGAAGCAUCGAACCUUUAUUAGUUAAUACUUUUUAUAUUAAAACAUACAUUUGCAAACAAUAGUUUGGGUUUGCAGAAAUAAACUUUUAUUUAAAAAACU